CCCUCUCCUCUCCUCCAUCUCCCGCGAGCUCCUCCCACCACAGCCGCGCCGCCGGCCCCAUGCUCCUCCCGGUGCGCCGCCCGCACGUGGCCCCGUCCCGCGCGGCCUCCCCCCGGCACGUCUCCUCCUCCCUGGGCCCCCGAUCCAGACAGGUCGACCGGGCCCUCCGGGGCUCCACGGUGGCGCGGGCCAGCCCGGCGGCGACGGAAGCCGCUGCCGCCGGCCUCGGCCGCCGCGCGGUUCUGGGGAUGGCGCUCGCCGUGUCCCUGUCCGCGCCCGCCUACUGCAGGGCGCCGCCCCCAUCAGCGUCCGCGCUCACGGAGGAGAACCUGCUGUUCCUGGAGGCGUGGCGCGCGGUGGACCGCGCCUACUACGACAAGUCCUUCAACGGGCAGAGCUGGUUCAGGUACCGCGAGCGCGCCCUCCGCGACGACCCCAUGAACACGCGGCAGGAGACAUAUGCGGCGAUUAAGAAAAUGCUUGCAACCUUGGAUGAUCCGUUCACUCGGUUAUUGGAACCCGAGAAAUUCAAGAGUUUGCGGUCUGGCACGCAAGGUGCCCUCACGGGUGUAGGUUUAUCCAUCGGCUACCCGUUGGCCCUUAAAGGAUCACCUUCAGGGCUCUCCGUAAUGUCAGCAGCCCCAGGGGGUCCUGCAGAAAAGGCGGGCAUUGUGUCUGGAGACGUUAUUUUGGCAAUUGACGACACAAGCGCACAAGACAUGGACAUAUAUGACGCAGCAGAUCGCUUACAGGGUCCUGAAGGAAGCUCAAUAGAUUUGACUAUUCUCAGUGGAGCUGAUACCAGACAUGUUGUUUUGAAGCGAGAAAGAUAUACUUUAAACCCGGUGAGGUCAAGGAUGUGUGAGAUUCCAGGUUCAGAGGAUAGCUCAAAGAUUGGUUACAUCAAACUAACAACAUUUAACCAAAAUGCUGCAGGGUCUGUUAAGGAAGCCAUUAAGAAAUUAAGGGAGAACAACGUAAAGGCCUUUGUGUUGGAUCUGCGGAAUAACAGCGGUGGUCUUUUUCCCGAAGGGAUUGAGAUUGCGAAGAUUUGGAUGGACAAGGGUGUCAUUGUGUAUAUAUGUGAUAGCCGUGGUGUCCGUGACAUUUAUGAGGCAGAUGGAGCUAGCACGAUUGCUGCAUCAGAACCUUUAGUUGUCCUGGUAAACAAAGGAACCGCAAGUGCAAGUGAGAUCCUUGCAGGAGCACUGAAAGACAACAAGAGGGCAGUGGUGUAUGGGGAACCAACAUAUGGAAAAGGCAAGAUCCAGUCGGUGUUUGCACUGUCCGAUGGCUCAGGGUUGGCCGUGACGGUGGCGCGCUACGAAACCCCUGCGCAUACUGACAUAGAUAAGGUCGGUGUGACUCCGGACCGUCCAUUGCCGGCAUCAUUCCCGACCGACGAGGAUGGCUUCUGCAGCUGCCUCAGGGACCCAGCUUCUUGCAACCUUAAUGCUGCCCGGCUGUUUGUGAGAUCGUGAUAUGGUCCCAAGUAUGUGUUGCUGCGAGCAGCUGCCUCUGCACAUUUUGGGUUUUUGGCCAGUUGGGGGGGGCUUCUGUUGAUAUGGUAGUUUUUCUUACCUGGGGUGGGUGGCUGGUCCUAUUCGUUUUGUUAACAUCUUGAUAUCUUGAAGGAGAAAUCUGUUCACAUCUGUACAAAGUUCCAAUUUCACCAUGCCGGAAAGGAAAGAAAAAACUGUCUAUACUUGUCUGUGUAAAGUGUCCAACUUACAGUUUUGACUAUUACU